UUUUGAUUAUUGAUGAUGGGGAUUCAGACUGCUGCAUGAAGUCUUCAAUCAGUCAAUUUAUUUAUUUAUUACAAAAUUAUUACAAACAGCUAAGAUCAACAAUUAAUUUACAAGAUACAUUUUGUAAUUGGACACCCCAGAAGCAGUCCACAGCUUAUAAAUGGGGGCCCCUAAACAUGUGAUAAGAGACAUAAUGUACAUUAUAAUAUUUAAUAAAUUCAAAUGUUCUAAAUAGCUACUAAGAUAUUUUAAAAAUAUUUGCCUAUCUACCUAAAGAUGAUUAAUUUCCUUAUCAGUCCUAUUGUAGUCAGCAUAUUCCAGUAUUCUCAGAUAAUUUAAUAAUCAGACAUGGGGCUUUAUCCACAUGAAUAAAGAGUUUACAUGAUUUGUAUAUCAGCCAUGUGGGGUUUAGGGUCAGGCAUAUUUUUGAAGUAGCUCUGUUUAUUCAUGUUUACAUGUUUUGUUUUGGUUUAUUAGGCCUUCAUCACAUCCUAAAUUAGAGUCUGGACUGUAUGGAGGCUAAUCCAUGUGUGAAAAUGAUGUUUCAUUGUCCCUGAACCAUUGCAUCAAAAGCCUAAUGAUCCUGAUCCAUCCUGGCAUUGUCCAAUCUUUAUGACAUUAAAGACAUGAGAGUCUAUUUACUGGAUCAGUUAGAGUUAAAUAACCUGUUCCGCCUGAAACAUUAUUAACCACGACAGUACUGACCCAUGGAAGGAUCUGAACUAUUUGAGUAGUUAAAGCCAGUGAAUGUAUCCUGUUAUCAAAACCAAAAAUGGUACCCUGAAAUUUUGCAUGUGGGACUGUUUUUUUUGGGGUUGGACAGUAUAUUUUACAACAGCCCCCGCAGGGACAUUUUGCAUUAUGAUGACCACAGCCUUCACUAACGCUAGAAAAAACAGGAGUCUCUGUCUUGUUUCCUUCCUGUCUUUAUCUUGGUGGUUUGUUCGGAGGCUGGGGUGGGGUGGGGUGAGGGUGCUUCCUGAGUAGGUAGCGAGUUUUCUCUGGCUUUAGACGAUCAACAUUUGAAUAUAAUCUACUGCAUGACAACAUGGCCUGCUUCCAUCUGACUGUAUCCAGCCAUCUGUCAAAGGUAACAUCAUUUAUUUUGUUAAUAUUUUUAUUGGCCAUGGAGGGAGGACUUUGCAUGGCACAGACUGGUACCUGCAGGCCUAUAUGCAGUGGGGGUGACUGUGUAACUAUAAACCAACACAGAGUGGAUUUCAAGUCAGCUGAAGAGGCCUGUCGUAACAGGAACGGGGAACUACUGACAUUUCAGUCUGACACAAAUGAAAUCUUUCUUGAGAUUUUCUCUCAAGGAGUGUAUGGAAACUUCUGGAUUGGACUGCAAUUACCAGCAGGCUCAUGCAGCGACAUAUCAGCUCCCCUGAGAGGCUAUGAGUGGACUUCUGGAAGCAGGAACCAUAUUCCACUGUUUAACAACUGGAAAGAUACCAUUAAAGUCUGUUCCCCGCACUGUGUGUCAGUUUCAAAUGAUCAAAAGUGGACAGAAAGGCCAUGCACAGAUGAAAUUGAAGGGUUUUUGUGCAAAACAGACCACAAAGAUGCAUGCCAGGCAGAAGAUUUGUCUGAUUCAGUUAUGUUCAGAAGUUCAAAAGGCUGUUCAGAUGGGCCUUGUGAGCAUGACUGCAAACCUGUAAAAGACGGAUAUAGAUGCACAUGUUUCAAAGGUUACAUCCCAGACAGUAAGAACCCAAGACGCUGUAAAAUGCACUGUGGACAAAUGAAAUGCCCUGCAGUAUGUGAGGGAAACUUUGAAUCAUGCGACUGUCCUGACGGCUAUAUAAUCAGUGAAGGCUUUUGUGAGGACAUGGAUGAAUGCGAGGAGCGAGGAUUGUGUGAGGAAAACUGUAUAAACACCUUUGGAAGUUAUUUCUGCUCCUGCAAACAAGGAUUUAUUGUUAAAGAUAAUGGAAAAUGCAUCAAAGUAGCAGACAGUGAACAUUUUAUGACCACUACCAUCCCUGUCAUCACAGGUUUAGCAAAACCAGCUUCUAAAAAUAACACAGUGACAGGCUCCUCUGCUGCUGCUGGUGGUUUCAUCUGGCUGUGGAUCUUCAUAGCUGUGGCUCUGGUUGUGUUUAUCUGUGUGGUAAGAUAUUAUGUUGUUAAGCGUCAAAAACUCAGAGAACAAAAUUCAAGUCAACAAACUCAAGCUCAUGUAGACAACAUUGAAUGUUAAAUCUAGUCCAGAAACAAAUACUAUGAAAAGAAUAUGAUCCAUGGAAUCGUUAGCAUUUACAGUUUGUUCUCAUAAGGAGAUAUGUCACUAAAAAUGUAAGUUCAGAGCAGGAUAACUAUAAGAACUGAUCUCAUUGCAUUAUGGUCUGUUUGUACAGGAACUGGUCUGUAAAUCAAUAAGGAGUUGUCUUUAUAAGAGUCAGAGUUAGUUCAUUGCAUGUAUCUGUUUGGUUAUAAAUUAUGAGAGUAUUUUCCCUGUGAAAUGUGUUUUAAUGUGGGACUGUGGGUUAUCUCAUGAGUAUUCUUUCAGAUUAUCAGUUUGUGUUAUGAUAUGUUUUGUGGGAUCAGUCAUUUAUAUGACAAAAUAAAAUGUGUUCAUUCAUCCA